CAUGUCACAGAACAAGCUAUCAAAAUUGGCGGCCUCCGUUAUUUAUGUAAAAGAAGAAAAUCAUCUAAUGGAAGUUGAUGACCAAGUUGAAUUAUUUGUAAAAGCCGGAGACGAUGGAGAAAGUUACGGAGGAUGUCCCAAAAGUCAACAAAUCUUUAUGGUUCUUCUAAUCAAAGCUGAACAGAGUAGCCUCAAUGUACGAGUAACAACUGUAAAUGUUAAUAAGCAAAGAGCUCAUUUUGGUAGAUUGCCUGCUCUGGUUCACAAGGAUCAGGUUAUAACGGAUCCCGAUGAAAUGUUAGAUUACAUAGAUCGAAACUGGGAACUACCUGAUUUGGAUAUUGAACAAACUAGAGCUCGUCAUGUCACCUUAGAAAUCUUUUCCAAGUUUUCCUUUUUCAUAAAGCAAGUUUCGCACGGCCCGGACAAAAUGAUUGCUGAGUUGUACAGAUUAAACGAAUAUCUCUUAGAAAAUGAACACAAAUACUUAUGCUCGGAUAAUCUAAGCCAUCUCGAUUGUUUGGUUCUACCUAAACUUCAGCAUAUACGAGUGGCAUCAAAAGCUUUCAAAAGCUUCGAAAUCCCAGAUAAAAUGAAAGGAGUUUGGUGCUAUUUAAGAGCGGCUUAUGAUAAUACAAUAUUUAGGCAGACUUGCCCAUCCGACCAGCAAAUAAUCGCUCAUUGGGCUUCCAAACCUGAAUUACCACCUUUGCAGGAUAACGUCAAAUUACAUUAUGCUUGUAUGCCACCAAAAUAUUCUUUCGAUGUUCCUUUGUAA